AUGCUUGCCUCCGUUGAGACGCUGGAGGCCCGUGGGGUCCUGGGGCAGCUGAAGGCGAGGAUCCGGGCAGAGGUGUUCAGCGCGCUGGACGCUGAGAGCACGCCGCGGCCGCCGCUGUCCCACGAGAACCUGCUGAUCAAUGAACUGAUCCGAGAAUAUCUGCAGUUCAACAAGUUUCAAUACACCGCCUUGGUGCUGACCGCAGAAUCAGGUCAGACUGAAGUUCCCCUAGAUUGGGAGUUCGUGGCCAAUGAGCUCAAUGUCAGAGAAGAUUCUCUGAGUGCAAGAUGUAAGUAG